AUAAAACGAAUGGCUCACGACUACGUUUCCUCUGUUCUGCUUCUUCUUAUUCUCCUUAUCUUCUUGAGUCAGCGUACUGUUUCUUCCUCUAUCGUCAAGUCUCUUCCUGGUUUUGAUGGCCCUCUUCCCUUUGAGCUCGAAACCGGGUAUAUUGGUGUUGGUAAGGAAGAGGAAGUGCAGUUGUUUUACUACUUUAUCAAGUCUGAGAGGAGUCCACAAGAAGAUCCUCUUCUUCUCUGGUUAAGUGGAGGACCUGGUUGCUCUUCUAUCUCUGGUCUUCUUUACGAGAAUGGGCCUGUGACUGUGAAGCUUGAGGUUUACAAUGGAACUCUUCCUUCCUUGGUCGCUACUACAUAUUCGUGGACUAAGGUUUCGAGUAUAAUAUAUUUGGAUCAGCCUGUUGGAACUGGCUUCUCUUACUCAAGAACUCAACUUGUUAAUAAACCAAGUGAUUCAGGAGAAGCCAAGAGGAUCCAUGAGUUUCUUCACAAGUGGCUAGGCAAGCAUCAAGAGUUUUCCUCCAACCCUUUCUAUGUCGGUGGGGAUUCUUAUUGCGGUAUGGUCAUUCCGGCACUCGUUCAAGAAAUCUCAAAAGGAAACUAUGUAUGCUGCAAACCUCCAAUAAAUAUUCAGCAGGGCUAUAUCCUCGGAAACCCAUCAACAGAAAAUGAAGUUGAUAAUAGUUAUCGCAUUCCAUAUGCUCAUGGAAUGGCACUGAUCUCUGAUGAACUCUACGAGUCAAUGAAGAGAAUCUGCAAAGGAAAAUAUGAAAAUGUUGAUCCACGUAACACAAAAUGCUUGAAACUCGUUGGUGAAUAUCAGAAGUGCAUUAAUAGAAUAAACAAAGCACUUAUAAUAACGCCAGAGUGUGUAGAAACAUCUCCUGAUUGCUAUAUGUAUCGGUAUUUGUUAACUACCUACUGGGCCAAUGAUGAGAGUGUGCAAAGAGCUCUUCAUGUCAAUAAGGGGAGUAUAGGGGAAUGGGUACGUUGUUAUCGGGAGAUACCUUACAAUCAUGACAUUAAAAGCAGUGUACCGUACCAUAUGAAUAACAGCAUCGAUGGCUAUCCUUCUCUCAUCUUCAGUGGGGAUCACGACAUGGAAGUACCUUACCUUGGAACUCAAGCUUGGAUUAGGUCUCUUAAUUAUUCUCUCAUUGAUGACUGGAGACCUUGGAUGAUAGGCGAUCAAAUCACUGGAUACACGAGGACUUAUGCCAAUAAGAUGACAUUUGCUACCAUCAAAGGAGGUGGACACACACCAGAGUAUAAACCAGAGGAGACUUAUAUCAUGUUCCAAAGGUGGAUCAGUGGUCAGCCUUUGUAACUUGAAGCCAAAUUCUACAUUUCUCGUUUUCUCAAUAACAAAUUCCAACAGCUUUCAUAGUGUUUAACAUGCUUGUAAUAAUUCUGUAAUUGAUGAUAAACGAAUAUUGUUUUUGAGGGGUUCUUUUAUUAAUUUAGUCUGUUGUCUUCGUAUGCUCUAAAUGAAUAAGAUUUGAGACGAUAAACGAA